AUGGCGCCCAUCCCAGGCCUGGUUCGCAGGGCAAUGCGGUUCAAUCAUCUUGACAAGCUGACCACCCUCUCUCUCGAGUCCCAGGGUAAUUGGACCUUUUUGGCCGUCGUUGCGAGCAUUCUCUUUGCUGUCCUCGUGGUUGUUGUCGUCGCUCGAGUUUGUUAUCGCGGAAGGCAGAAACGCCCGCGCCGGACAGCUCCUUCCGAUGACAAGCUCGAGACUGAGAUCGUUGGAUAUCCGGAUAUGGUUGAAGAGCAUCAUUCAGGUAUGUGCGAGUGGAAGAUGACUGUGUCUUGA